AUGUCAGCUGGGGAUAAGAGGCUUCUCUGUGGUUCUCUGUUUAAUAUGUCUAAUGUAUAUCUGACUAGUGGUAUAAAAUACGGAACGGACUUUCUCGUGUAUUUAGGACCACCAAAAAAUUUUCAUUCUUCAUUUAUACUUAAUUCUACUGCAGGACUUGAUUUUAAAACAAUUGUAGCACUAACCCGAAUUUCGUCCUCAACUAAAAAAGAUUUUGUCACGGUGUUAUACGAUAAAACCUUGGUUUUUGUACGUUUCAAUAGGUUUUUUGUAUAG